UGGUGCACGCCUCAUUGAGGUGCGCCACUCUGUCCUCGGGCGGUGUACAGUGACGUCUGAUCAAAGGAAGUUGGGUUUUUUUUUGGUAGGGAGGGGCUUAUUUUUGUUUCCUAAUAAAGUAUAGCCUUAGCGCUGUGAGUCGUAUUCUUAUACAUUAAUCAUAAUGUAGCUUUUGUUAUACAUUUGAAAACGAUUAGCAAAGUUUAUUUUAUUCAAGGGAACAUCGCUAAAGAAGGCUCAGUAAAGCGGAACAAAUUUGACCCUUCAACAGCCUCAGGACUAACAUCAUCUGUGAGAAAAAUAAAACCAGUGUGUAACAGCUCCACUGUUGUUGAUUUCUCCUCCAUCUAACCAGUAAAUAAUUCUUUAAGACAUAAACAAACUGCCACAUGCAACAAUGUCCAUGGCCCUGAAGCAAGUCUUCAACAAGGACAGGACAUUCCGGCCGAAGCGUAAGUUUGAGCCCGGGACACAGCGCUUCGAGCUGCACAAGAAGGCCCAGGCGUCUCUGAAUGCAGGCCUGGACCUGAAGCAGGCGGUAGCACUGCCCCAUGGAGAGGACCUGAAUGACUGGGUGGCCGUGCACGUGGUGGACUUCUUCAACCGCAUCAACCUCAUCUACGGCACCAUCAGCGACUCCUGCACCGACCAGACCUGCCCCGUAAUGUCUGGAGGGCCCAAGUACGAGUACCGCUGGCAGGACGAGCACAAGUACAAGAAGCCCACAGCCGUUCCAGCCCCAAAGUACAUGAGCCUGCUGAUGGACUGGAUUGAGGUACAGAUCAACAACGAACACAUCUUCCCCACCAACGUCGGUACUCCCUUCCCCAAGACCUUCAUGCAGGUAGCUAAGAAGAUUUUGUCUCGCUUGUUCCGUGUGUUCGUCCACGUCUACAUCCACCACUUUGAUCGUGUGAGCCAGAUGGGUGCAGAGGCCCACGUCAACACCUGUUACAAGCACUUCUACUACUUCGUAACAGAGUUCAACCUCACAGACCAUAAGGAGCUUGAGCCACUAAAAGAGAUGACAUCACAGAUGUGCCACUAAGGGAGCGCCACUGACCACUUGACACAUUCCCCCUUGAAGACUAGUUCCGUCCAUGUAGAAGAAUGAAACAGGAAACAUAAACCAAAUCUAAAAGAGUCUUUAUUUUUAUAAACAAGUACUGUAAUCUAUUUUAACCAUGUAGGUCUUUUUAACCAGGAACCUUGUAAGGCAUUCUGUUCCUUUUAAUGUUUUGAGCAUUUUAUCAGAGCACAGUAUUAAGAGAUCUUUCUUUUUUAAUUUGAAGCUGAAUCAUUCCUGUCAUUUAGUUGUUCUCAUAUCUUAAAAUAAUAUAUGUAUGUUUGUACAUAUCUAAGAUUGUAGUAUGUGGUGACAUUAAACAUACUCAUUCUAUGUUCCUACUCUAAAC